CUGCGCACCGCCGGCGCCGGCAGGCCGCGACUCACGGUCUUCCGCUCCAACCGCCACAUUUAUGCCCAACUCAUCGACGAUAGAGAGAGCAGGACCGUGGCCGCCGCGUCGACGAUGGAGAGCGCGCUGCGCAGCGAGAGCGGCGGGGACCGCGCGGCCGCGGGGCGCGUCGGCACACUCAUCGCAGAGCGCGCGCUGGCGGCCGGUCACAAGGAGAUCAUCUUCGACCGUGGCGGGUAUCAGUAUCACGGGCGUGUGAAAGCGCUUGCCGAGGCGGCCCGCGAAGGCGGCCUCUCUUUCUAA